AUUCUGUGAUCUUUGCCAGGUGUCUCUGCUCAUCUUGUCUCUACACCUGCUUCUGUCUGGAUGCACUUGCUCGGUGUUCCGUCUGUAUUUUAUUUCUGGUGAUGUGUUAGACCCAGUCUCUCUGCUCGGAGUGUUACUUUGAUUUUUACUCUUGUCUUCUUUCGUGUAUCUUGUGUAAUUAGAGCCCACAGAGCUCAGUGUCUUGGAUGAUUACCUUUGACUGAUUCAAUUAAUAGAAACCUAUUUUUAGCAGGAAAUUGUCAGGCUGAUGCAAAUAAUUUCUCACACCAAACCUAACAAGUCUGGUUCAAUCAAAGCAAACAAAUCACAGCAUGUCUGUGCAAUUGUCAUUUUUCAGUCAAAAGACUACCUUUGUCAUCUUGUUUGUUCGAUGUGGUUUCCAGCUAUCCAACAGUUUUUACACUUUUCUAAGCCAUGAGUCAAUAGUACUUUAGUCUAAGUUAAAACUAAAAAGCUAUUUUUUGAGACUUUUUAGAAGGCAAAGCUCAAAUGUGCAGAUUUCUGUUCUUCCAAAAUGUGUUUUUAGCUUGCAGCAAAUUUCCUGAGACAUAUUUUUUGAGAUUCACUGAAAGACAGUCUUAUCCAAAUUGUGUCCAGCUCACUAAAAUAGUUUUCAAUGAUUUUUCAACAUUUUUACCAUUUAUGGAAUAGCCAUGCUUGAUCUAUUGUUCCUUCUUUUAGAGGAAAACAUAAUAAUAAAAGAGGGAAGUGCUGUUGUUGUUUAAGCAGAAUUUAAAGGGCAAAAAGUGACAAUGACUGAGGAGGAAACCAUUCCAAUAAAUCUAUUUUGACUGUCAUAGUUCUUAGCAAAUCCUUUUUGCUGUUGAAAUCCAUUACUUUUGGCAUGUCUAAAUCAUUUUAAAUGAGUGACUGAUGUGAAGAAUCUUCCAGGAUAUUUUAGGACCUCAGAAACUCAGAACAUCUGAGCUGUGUGGUGAUUAAAAGUGGCUACAGUCUCACUCAUGUCGGAUUGGUUUCAUACUUUGGAGUGGGCUUUCACUUCUCACAAUCUGACUUGAUCUGAGGAGCGCAGAGGGAGUGGAAAGAGAAAGGGAUUAGGAAUUAAAGAAUUUAGAGAUUGGGUUGUUUAAACAGUCACUCCUGAUCCGUGCAGCACACACCAUCUGUAGGUACGUCAGACUUGCUUGUACAAUUACUCAGACAUGAGGAAAGGAUUUUGAAACUUCUGUUUGUCUACAGAUUUGCAUGACAUGAAAACCAAAUACAGCUACUAAAGACACUGAUAAAGACAUUCCAAAUGUGGCUGACAGUGUUUUCUGCACACCCUGCAGGAGAGUCCGCACAAAAACAUUGCUUUGCAUUUGAAUUUGAAAUACAGUAACACAUUUGAUCAGUUACAUUUGAUGUGGAAUCGAGGAAAAGGAACUAGGGGAAGAGAAUAUUGACGGACAGCAUGGUACUGUGGUGUACUGUAGUACAAUAAUGGCUUAGUAGGGCAAGACUCAGAGGAACGUAUCACUUUAAUCGGAGCCCUGUGAAAACCAGGUCAAUCUGCAAUUAACCCAACCAGGGCUUACGGUCAUUGCCUAAUUCAAACUACCAUGAUAAACAGUUACAUUAUAAUAUUAGUUUAGCAUAUUUCUGGGAGAUAGAACACAAAUGUGCAAAACCUUCAUCGUUUGGAGAGUUUUAUAUGUAGUGACCUAUCAUAGGUUUAUUAAUAUAUUCAAGACCAGACAAUCCUAUGUUGCUAGUAACCUAGUUCCUAACAAAACAGGUUUAGUAGCACACUUAAAGUAACAGCUUAAAUUAGCCUGAGGUUUUUGUCCACAGCUCAUAGGCAAUUUUUCCUCACUACUUGUGGGCAGGGUUCCUAAUGAGAACAGUUUCUUGUCAUGUUACAGUACAGCCUCUUUUAUACCAAACAGGUUGAAUUUCAGUAGACCUCCUUGAAUUUGAGAUGUCAGCAAAAUUUACACCAACCCUAAAUUAACUGGAAUGAAAAUUGCAGAACUUACCUUAGAAAAAAUAACAAACUAAGCAUCUGCAUCCAUGUAAUACACUCAUGGAGCUGGUCAAAGCUUUAAUGAGCUCUAUAAACAAGCACCGAGAUGCAGCUGACAAGUCUCGAGGAGUGAGGAAGUCUUGCGCAUUUAAUUUGUCUCUUGUCAUAAUAACGAUCCUAUUAGCUCUUAUAAUGGAAGGUCUCAGCACUGACACCUGCACCGUGCAGGGUUGGCUCCCUGGAGAUGCCCACACCUCCUCAUUUCUGCAAAAAUCUGUUUCUGCAAAAAUUAGAUGUCUAGUUUGUUCUUUACUUUGUUGUUGUUUGCACCUUCUGCAGUUUGCAUGUUGUUCUAGAUCCCUUUUGAAUCAUAAUUUUCUCCCUUUUACCCCCUUGAUCUCUCGUUUUCUCAGCUGAUGAUCUUCUAAUGUUUGAGUACCAUUUGUACUCAUUUUGUGCUUGAGGAUUCUAGUGUAAUGGGACUCCUUACAGGUCCUCUGUAAACAGGACAUUGUUGCAGCAGUUGUCUAUGAGACAGUUAAACUCCACCUCUGGCUACCUAUGAGCUUAAGGCAAGAUGAUAAAGACAGAGGUGGGUGAUCACUGGUUUGGACUUCUUCCUGCACUGCUACAGAGAGAAAGAUAAAGUGACAAAGAAGGAUCAACAGAAGGCAGGACACCUCUCGUUUCAGUUAGAGGAUCACUGCUCUCAAUUUUGAGCAAUAACAGCUGCAUUUGCAUGCAACCUGGGACAUACACUUGCUGGUAACCCUGUCUGUGUAGAGGACACACACUGGGAGAGCCUGUGGAUCUUGUCCUCAGCUUGGUCUGAUCCGACACUUUGUCAGCCAUGGUUGCAUUUAGCAGGGAUGCAGCUUUACAUCACCUGUCACAGUAGGACGCUGUUAUCUUUCUACCAUUUGAGAAAGCAGUUCUGAAGCGCUUAAUCCAAACUUCUUUGAAGCUGCAGGACUCUGGUUAAAGGAAAGUUAAAAAUGGCUAAAAAUCUUCACAACUACUACUUUGCACCAAAGGUGACAAAGACACACUGGAAGAAACCCCACAAUGUAAGUCACUUUAAUUUAGGAACAUGCAUGGUAGAAAAAUCACUAGAUGGCAAACUACAGAGGGAAUUUGACUGCAUUGUCUUAGACAGUUUUACUCCAAAUUUAUAUUAGCUGCAAAACAAAACCUGACAGUUUAUGUUAAUUGUUUGUUGAACCAAUGACCAAAAGAAAUAUGUAUGUCUGUGCAAUAACAUUUGUAGUGCUUUAUCAGGAGCAGAUGAUGUUUAACAAGAUUUAUGUAGACAUGCAGUUUCAUGAUUAAUGUAGUUUUUAAGUCCAAGAUAAUAUGUAGCUCAAUACUACAGCUUCUAAUCUCUGGUUAAAGCCAGUGUUAUUUACCUUUUGAGUUUGUGGCAGACUGUUGUUUGCACAUGGUGGAGGACUUUACUCACACUAAAAGCUAAGACUCAAUUGCUCUGUACACAAAGUGUUUGACUAUGUUGGGCUUUACAAGCUGAACCUUUCAGCCUUUUUUUUAAUCUACGUCAGACCGAUAUGUCCAUGGACUGUUGUUAUUCAGUAUUUUUUUGCGGCAUUCAGUCAUCUUGCUGAGCUGAUGCAUGGGAGUUUUUCAUGUGAAAGUUUUAAGGACAAUACCCCAACAGGUGUGACUGUUCUAAAGAACUGGGUGGGUGCUUUACAUGGAAAAGCCAGUCGGUCACACAUGACUGUUGAAUAGUGUGACAGACCACAAAGGAGAGGCCAGAUCAUGUUCUGCUUGAAGACCACAGAUUUAUUUGAAAUGAUUGAAAAGAUGCAGGGCAACAGGAUGGAUGAGCAGAGAUGCACCUUUCCACCACCGCUCAAGACAGAGGAGGACUACAUUCCAUACCCAAGUGUCCACGAGGUGCUGGGGAGAAAAAGCCCUUUUCCUCUCAUCCUCCUGCCACAGUUUGGAGGUUACUGGAUCGAGGGGACCAACCAUGAGCUGAGUGACACAGUGGACACAGAGCAGCUGCAGCCUCUGUCUCCAAACACCCGCACCAAGCUGCAAUGUAACACAACGGCUACACUCUUCCGGAAACACUUCCUGGGCAAGGAACACUUUAAUUACUAUUCAGUGGACAGUGCCCUAGGACAUCUGGUGUUCUCCUUAAAAUACGAUGUGAUUGGUGACCAGGAACAUCUCCGUCUAAUGCUCAGGACAAAGCUGAAAACCUACCAUGAUGUGAUCCCCAUAUCGUGUCUCACAGAGUUUCCCAAUGUGGUCCAAAUGGCCAAGCUUGUCUGUGAAGAGGUCAACGUGGACCGCUUUUUUCCUGUCCUUUACCCAAAAGCUUCAAGACUUAUUGUCACUUUCGAUGAACACGUGAUAAGCAACAAUUUUAAGUUUGGGGUCGUCUAUCAAAAGUUUGGACAGACUUCAGAGGAAGAGCUGUUUGGCAACAGUGAAGAGAGUCCUGCCUUUGUAGAAUUCCUGGAGUUUCUCGGAGAGAAAAUUGAACUGCACAACUUUAAAGGUUUCCGCGGAGGGUUGGACGUGACUCAUGGGCAGACUGGCACAGAAUCUGUCUACUGCAACCACCGCAACAAAGAGGUCAUGUUCCAUGUGUCCACAAAGCUGCCUUACACAGAAGGGGACACCCAGCAGUUGCAGAGAAAAAGGCACAUAGGAAAUGACAUUGUAGCUAUCGUAUUCCAAGAAGAAAAUACUCCCUUUGUACCAGAUAUGAUCGCCUCCAACUUUCUCCACGCUUACGUUGUGGUCCAAGUGGUCAACCCCUGCACUGACAAUGUUCUCUACAAGGUGUCAGUGACAGCACGGGAUGAUGUACCUUUCUUUGGACCAGCGCUCCCAAACCCUGCUGUCUUUAACAAAGGCCCUGAAUUCCAUGAAUUCCUUUUUACGAAGCUAAUCAAUGCAGAAUAUGCCUGCUACAAAGCUGAGAAAUUUGCCAAAUUGGAAGAGCGAACAAGGUCGGCCUUGUUAGAGACCCUUUACGAGGAGCUCCAUGUGAACAGCCAGGCCAUAAUGGGAGUUGGAGGAGAGGAUGACAAACUGGAAAACGGGAGUGCAGGAGGAGGGGGCUUCUUUGAGUCUUUUAAGCGAGUGGUCCGCAGCAGGAGCCAGUCUAUGGAUGCCAUGGGUCUUACUUUCAAGAAGCCACACACAGUCUCCACUAGCCUGAGCAGCACCUUUAACCACAACCCCGCAGACAGCCCCAAAUUCCCAGGGAUAUCAUUGCUUGUCCCAGGCAAAAGUCCCAGUAAAUAUGGACGCCGAGGCAGUGCCAUAGGGAUAGGAACAGUAGAAGAGUCUUUGAUAAUCCCUGGGAAAAGCCCAACCAGGAAAAAGUCUGGUCCUUUCAGCUCCAGGCGAAGCAGUGCCAUCGGUAUUGAAAACAUUCAAGAAGUCCAGGAGAAGAGCAGUAGAGAUAACUCUCCAAACACUCAGAAGACUCCUGACAGUGGCCAUGUUUCUCAAGACCCCAAGUCUGACAACUCAUCCAAUCAGAGCUCUCCAGAGGUGCUCACAACCACCAAGAACAGUUCUUAUCUCGCUGGCAGGACGCCAUCCAUCCCUGAGGGUCACGACCUCUCCCGCUCCUCCUCCAACGCCAGCAGCUUCGCCAGUGUGGUUGAGGAGAAUGAGACGGAAGCCACGGAGGACUACGACACUGGCAUGGAGAGUCUGUCAUCUGCUGGGACGCCACAUAAGCGAGACUCGCUCACCUACAGCACCUGGCUGGAAGACAGCAUCAGUAGCACCAGUAAUACCAGUCGUGGAAGCUCCCCAGGGCCGGGCAAACCUGAUCGGGGGAAGGUGACAGACAUUCGUAUCAAACUGGAACGAUCACAUGAUCAGCCCUCAUCAAACUGUUAGCUCCACCUACCUGGUUGUAUCCUGGAUCUCCAUCUUCAGCAUUCCCAUUAGUCACAAUCCUUCUGGGAGAUGAGACAAGUGCAGACACUCACCGUGACCAGUGAUGAGAAGGAAAAUGAUGAGGAAGAUAAGAAAGAAGCGUGAAAGCAGAUGGAGUCUGGCCAGUCUGCUGCUCAGUGAGGCCAGAGUGCAGCAUAUCCAGAAACCUGAGGGACACUGGAGAGGAUGACGCACAGAGAGCAGCCAGCUUUUGCACAGUGUUGUUUCCUUUCACAUCUUUUCUUUGCCUCUUCACACAUCUGUUGCCUGUUUGUAUGUUUUUCUACCUGACCCUUGUUUCAAAGUCCACGUUUUAUCAAAAAGAUGUGAUUGUUUUGUUUGUAAGAGAUAUCACUAUGACUCAGUUUGUCUUGUUGAAGCCUUGGUGUGCUGGCUAUACGAGGUGAAGCAAGGUAAUGACAGUGCCAUUGUGCUCUCUGUUGAGACUGUGAGGAGGAUUGUUGCUGCAACAUAGAGAACGAGUUAACGAAGGCAUUGGCUGAAAAAGAUCUUUAAUGUAUACAUAAUACCAAAUAUUUAGCAUCAAAGAUGAGUGUUUUCUAACAAAAUAUCCAAUGUGACAAUGAGUUGCUCUGCUGGAUGCUGUUUACUGUGAUUAUUUUCUUGGUAAAAUCCAAAUAAAAGGACAGUAUAGCUGCAGCAAAACAACUGUACUCUUUUCUCUACUUCCCAUAUUUCCACAAAAUUAGCUCUUAAACUUAACACCACAGGUCACAGUAAAGAUAGCAAUGUAUCGUAACUAAACUGAAAUGGCCUUAACGUUAAAUAAACGAUUUCCUUCUUCUUAAAAUGUAUUUUACCUCAUUUCUUUCAUUCAUGUGUUCUACAGCCAAGUGUGGGACAGCAGUAUUAGACUAAGUGUAAAACUAAUAUAUUUAGAAUCAUUUUAAGGACACUGUUUUGUUUUUAAAAAUGGUGGCAUAUUUCAGUUGUACCUCAGCACUGUCUGUAUAGUCUGCUAACGUAUUAAUAUAUCCAUCACUGAGUGAUUUAACCGCUUUGUCCGUCUUGAAUGUUGGUGCAAACACCAGUCUCAACAUUAUGUUCUCAGAUACUUUUUUCUUUUUAAAAUAUGUUUUUUAUUUAUUGAUUUGGUUCCUGCUCAAGGGGCAUUUAGGGCCCUCAUGUUCUACUGUACCUCUAUGGUGACUCCAUUCAGCAUCUUGUCAUAUGCUUAUAUUGUAUGUGUUGCUUUGACGUGAAUUCUAAUGUUGUCAUCUGUAAAGCUCUGUCGAUUUCAGGGGUCUUUCAGUGCAGUAAAUUUGCAAUGCAAUUAUAAUAAAAUAAUGAAUAUUUAUUUGCUUUUUAAAGUAAGAAAAUAACUCCAAAUACAACUACUGAUUUUGUACAUAGAUAUUUAGUUGGAGUACAUAAUGUAUAAUGUAUAGUCCAUUAACUCAGAAGAGAAUUGAAAUUACUGCCAAGUUCACAAUUUUACUGUUGUUUUAUUUCCCGUACCUUUGAUUUUCGAUAUUAUUUUGAGAGAGUUUUGUAGAACGCAAUUAUUUUCAAAGCUAUUCAGACUGUUCUGUAAAAGGGAAAAGCUCACAGUACAUCCUGCUGAUCAUUUCAGUUGCCUUAUAUCACAAACUGAUGGUGUAAGUAUAGCUAGAGAAUCAAAUAGUUAAUAGCCAGCAGGAUUGACAAUGAAAUGAAUGUUUUGUUCUUGCUGUUUUUAUUGUAAAUAAAUGCCCUGAAAACUU